CUGGAGGUGCUAGACUUAAUAGUCAAAGCGUCUUCGAGUACUACAGAAGUAUCGUAAGACAUUGUGAGAGUGUUUUAGAGAGAGAAACAGAAAUCGUAGCUUAUGUUACUAUGAGUCGUCUGUAUGUUUUCGUGCUCUACCUUAUUGUCGUCGCUACGGAUGCCAGGCCCGAAGCGUUAGACUCGACAAUUUUUGACACUACUACACCUAACGUAAGAAACUGCGAACCUGGUGAAAUGGAACAAAAAGACGGGCUAUGUAACUACUGCAUUUGCAACAAAGAGGGUACAAAUAAGGCUUGUACCAAAAAUCCUUGCACAUCUGAACUUAUCAAGUCCCUUAAUCAGCCAUUAAUUGGGUAUCCUGUGUAUAAACAGGGUGACCCAUGUUUAGAGUAUACACUUUUCUACAGCGAUUGCAACCGAUGCAUCUGCAGAGGGGGUGGCAAUAGUGCACAUUGUACUCUUGAUAACUGCAGCGGAUAGUUUAUAUUUGUUUUAUUUGCUUUAGGAUGACACUGACGGAUGCAUACUAUUGCAAUGGAGGUAUUGUGUCCAAAAAAUACUCAAGCCUGUUAGCCUAUAAUUUUAGGGUUAAAAAUGUUAUAUCCAAACAUUUAAAUUGUACGAAUCAAAUAUUUAUCGACAGUAGUAAUACAAAAUUGAUUUGCUUGACUGCUGGAUGUAACAAUAAGAAGUAUAAAGUUACAGAAUCAAGACAUGAAUGCACAAAUAUGUCUUCAUUAGCUAUAAAUACGAGCUUAUUUAUUAAAAAAUGAUCUUUUGAAGUGUGUGAAAGAGCAAUAAAAUGUACAGUGUUAGAGAAAAUUGGCCAGUCAGCAUGCUAUUCUUAUCAGGCUAAUAAUUAAACAAAAUUUAUCCAAGUGA